UCAUCAUGUCUGGCAGAGGCAAAGGCGGUAAAGGGCUUGGUAAAGGUGGGGCCAAGCGCCAUCGUAAGGUCCUCCGCGACAAUAUCCAGGGUAUCACCAAGCCCGCUAUUCGUCGCCUGGCUCGUCGCGGCGGCGUGAAGCGCAUCUCCGGCCUCAUCUACGAGGAGACCCGCGGGGUGCUGAAGGUGUUUCUGGAGAACGUGAUCCGGGACGCCGUCACCUACACCGAGCACGCCAAGCGCAAGACCGUCACCGCCAUGGAUGUGGUCUAUGCCCUCAAGCGCCAGGGACGCACACUGUACGGAUUUGGCGGCUAACGCCUUUUAAGCUUUUUCUUACAAAUAGCCCUUUUCAGGGCUCCC